ACAACCAUGACGAGUGGUUUCCCACUUCUUCGAUUACCUUCAAAACCUCUACGUUUUCUACUUCAAACAAUGAAAUUAGUAGAUGUAGUGAGCAUCUCUUUUACCUCAAAAGCUGCAAAACGUCAUGUUGAGGAGUUGAACAUUAACGUUUCUUAUAUUAAUAUGUUUUUGUCAACGUCAACGAUGAGAUUAGUAGUCCAUUUCAAUGGUACUUCCCUGACUAUCCAAAUUCCCGAGAAUGAUUUUUCUGAACCACGGAAAUUAAACAAAAAACUGAAUUAUAUGAAAGUGAAGAAAGGCCCAAUUGCUGAGGAAGCAGAAGUAUUUGAGUGGAAACCGUCGGGAAUUCGGUUCAAAGAGAUCGCAAGUCAUGUUCUUGAAAUUUUCCACAAGACUGAAUUUGAUAUGCUCAUGAUUUCUUUCGAUUACGUCUACGACAUAAUGUUGCAAGAAUUGAAGGAUUUAAAGUUUCGAAGAUUACAUAUUUGGGCUAAUUGUCACCUGCAAAGAGUUCCCAUGAAACUUGAAGAUUUGUUGGUUUCAAAUAUUUCUGAAAUGCGUAUUGAUAAAUCAUUUCCCUUAAAUCAACUAUGCUUGUUUCUAAAACAUUGGAUUAAUGGAUCAAACGACCGAUUGGAAUAUCUCGAAAUGAAUCUUCCCGCCAAUUCCACUAAAACCCAAUUUAUUUCGAUUGCCUUGAAGGGUAUUGAUUAUCAAUUGGCCCCAACCGACAAGGAGUGGGAGAGUGCCAAUAAUGGGCUUAUAAAAACUACUGUCGUUAAAGCUGGAGGAUUUGAUAUCAGACGGAACGAUGGAACCAUUGCAACUGUUACUGUCGAUGAAACCUUUCAAUAUUUGCGUAUGUUUGUGUGGAAAUGAUAAUUCAAUCGAAAAACAAGUGUGUACUUUUUAAUGAUUGUUUUGAAUAAAGUUUUGUUAUU